GAAGCAAGAGGUUUAAGAGCUUGAAUUAUUCCAGAAAAAAUUGUUUAAUUUUAUAAUUAUGUGAAAUAUUAUUUAUACUAUUACUCUAAUAUUAUCAUUCACAAAAAGUUAAUAGUUCUAAAAACAAUAUUAUUAUUAUAAUUAUUAUUUUUUAAAAAAAUUUCAUAAUCAUGAAUCAUACCAUAAGUAUUGUUAGUUUGAUUCUAUCCAUUGGAGUGUUUACCACUACAGUAGUUGGACAAUUAGUCCAUGAAAGAAAUUUGACCGGGACAAGAAUAUCUGAAGAAUCCACCGAUGACACGACCACAAUGACAUAUAAUGAUGAUUCUAUAACCAUUUUACAAAAUGAAUCUGAAUGUGUUUGUACGCCUUUUAAUUUGUGCAAAACUUAUAAAUCGGCUCCCGACGGAGAGGAACUCAUUGAUAUAAGAUCACCUUUUGGAGUAUGUGACAGUUAUAUGGACGUGUGUUGCAAUGAUACGAUAUCGUCUUCAACUGAAGUAAUUAAUCAAAAUAUCCCAAAUACAGACACAUCUUGUAUUUGUGCUGGUCAAGAAGAAAAUAAACCUAAUACAGAACAGCCAUUAGAUGAAUAUUCACCUACAACACCAAUUCAAUUUUUCACUUCUAAAGAAACAAAUAAACCAAGUUAUCAAAACCGACCGGCUGAGCAUAUAUCAUCACCUUCUCCACUAGAUCAGAUACAUAGUACGUCUACAGAAGAUGAUAUACAUGAAAAUAAAAAUAAACCCGAUUAUCAAAACCGACCGGUUGAGCAUAUAUCUUCACCUUCACCACUAGAUCAAAUACAUAUCACUUCUACAGAAGAAGAUAUAUAUAAUUUGCAAAAUCCUACAUACAAGCCUACGGAUCAUUUGAUUAGUUCUGAAAAUAAACCUACUGAAAAACCACACAAAAUAGUUUCAUCGGUUGAAAAUGAAAAUUUUAUUACAACAGAAGCCACUGGAAGUAAAACUAAAGAUCAACAUAAGUGUGGUUCUUGGAAUAAAAACGGAUUGGGUUUUAGAAUUGUAAACGCAAUUGACGGUGAAUCUCAAUAUGGUGAAUUCCCAUCUAUGAUAGCAAUAUUGAAGGAAGAGGUGUUAAAAAAUGGCGAGAAAAAUCUUGUAUAUCAUUGUGGAGGAUCGUUAAUUGAAAAAAAUGUAGUUUUGACAGCUACACAUUGUGUAAUAAACAAAGAUCCCUCAACUUUAAUUAUCCGGGCAGGUGAAUGGGAUCUACAAACAGAUAAAGAAAUAUAUCCUCACCAAGAUCGUCACGUGAAAAAGAUCGUUUCUCAUCCCAAAUACUAUGCGGGAGGACUUCACAACGACAUAUCUUUAAUUUUUACAGAUGAACCAUUUAUUCUACAUGACCAUGUCAAUACAAUCUGUUUACCAGAAAAAAAUGAAGUCUUUACAGAUAAAAAAUGUUUCUCAAGUGGUUGGGGAACAAAAGUGUAUUACAAUAAUUAUACUAUUGUGAAGAAAACUGAAUCCGGAAAAUUAAAUAAAAAAAUUGGUCAAUACCAAGUUAAUAUAUUGAAAAAGGUGGAUCUUAAGAUUAUGGAAUCGGAAAAAUGUAUGGAAAUUCUUAGAACCACUAGACUUGGACCCAAAUUUAUACUUCAUGAUAGUUUCACAUGUGCAGGUGGCGAAGAAGGAAAAGACACGUGUAAAGGUGAUGGCGGUAGUCCAUUAAUGUGUCAAUAUGGAGAUGACUCAAGUAACUUAGUUCAAGUAGGAAUUGUAGCUUGGGGCAUAAACUGUGGAUUAGCAGGUAUUCCGGCAGUCUAUGUUGAUGUGGCUCAUUUUUCGCAAUGGAUUCACGAUGAAAUUAGCAAUUACACAUAAUUAGUAAGCAUAUAACGCACAUAGAUCGUACGUAUUCAUUUGAAAUACAUAUACAUUUUAUUAUGUACUAACAUAUAAUUAAUUCAAAUCCAAUCAAAUAUUAUUUAUUUUUUACCUUU